CGUGGGGCUGCAGCUGCUGGGCCCGCCCCGUCCCCCGUCGAUCCUUCUUUCUCAAACCAUGCCAGAGAUGACCGAGAAAACGCCUCUGAAGAAGCCGCACCGAAAGAAAAACCGCGAGACACAUAAUGCGGUGGAGAGGCACCGGAAGAAGAAGAUCAAUGCUGGAAUAAACAGAAUCGGCGAGCUAAUUCCAUGUUCCCCAGCACUGAAACAGAGCAAGAUCAUGAUCCUCGAUCAAGCGUACAAAUAUAUAAUGGAAAUGAAGAGGCAAAACGACGAACUCCUGUUGAACGGAGGGAACCGUGAGCAAGCGGAAGAAAUAAAAAAGCUCCGGGCACAACUGGACGACCUUCAGAAAGAAAAUGGGCGCUACAUAGCAUUGUUGAAAGCCAACGACAUUUGCCUUUACGAUGAUCCCACCAUCCACUGGAAAGGGAAUCUGAAAAAUGCAAAAGUUUCCGUUGUUAUCCCCAGCGAUCAGGUGCAGAAGAAGAAGGGAAACCUCGGUAAUGAGAAAGUCUCCGUUGUGAUCUCCAGCGAUCAGGCACAGAAGAAUAUCAUUGUCUAUUCCAAUGGGAGUCAGCUGGGUGGAAAUAACCAGGGGGCCUCAGUCCAAGGAAUAACCUUUAACAUCAGCCAUAACUUACCAAAGCAAACGGCUAACGUUGUUCCCGUCCAGAGAACUUGCAACCUCGUCACUCCUGUGACCCUUUCUGGUAUCUACUCCACAGAAAUCAAGUCGGGGCUUGAGACUUCAGUUCCACCAUUGACGUCGGGUCUACCAAAUCUAGCCAAGAAAAUUCUCGAGCCCUCGACCUCUGAGAGUGAGCAGCGCGUGCUUAUGGCCACCAGGGCUGCUAGCUCCCAGAAUGCAUUAGAACCAGCCAAGAUGUCCCCUGAACUGCAAAACUCGCCGCAAGGUGAAGAUACCAUCCCCAAACCUAAAAAUGGACAAGAGAGUUCCAGGUUACUCUACGAAACAGGCGUUCCUAGCAUCAGCCUUUCUUCUCGCAAUAAUGCAGACGUACCACUGGCUGAGCUGGCAGCAGUGGCCCCUGAAGAGAAUGCAAGAAAUACAUCCCAGGAAAGCUGUGACGCUUCUGCACCUGAUCCCGCUUGUGUUCCUUCUGCCAGGUUGUCCGUCGUUGAUGGCUUUCCAUCAGGAAGCAUUUGCAGAAGUUCAGAUGGGAAAAGUGGCAACGGAGUGGCGGCGGCAUCCGCCAUGGAAGCGGCGAAGGCCGUAGCCGACCUCAACCCGUUGCCUGCCACCACUUUAGAGAGGUGGCCGUUUCCCAGCUGUUCGACCAUUGGUGGUCUGGGCUCCAAAAACAUGGACAGCCUGGCACGCAUCACCUCGGCUGGGAACACCCAGACCACCUGGACUACUUUGCAACUCACGGGGAAUACUGUUCAGCCUCUAAACCACACUCCCUCUGGCGUCAUGGCAGCCCUGUUAAACGAGCCAGUGAAUGCCGCCAGCGCUGCAGGUUCCGUCCCUAAUAGGUGCUUGGCCCCCAGUGCCAGUUUGAGUAAUCCUCCACCUGUGGACGAGCAGAUGCCCGAACAAAUUGUGGUCACUUUGCCUUCCUGCCCGUCAUUACCUAUGCAGCCGCUAGUUGCCAAGACGCAAGUUCUAGCCCAGCUUGCAGGCAGCCUUCUUCCAUUGAAUCCAGCCAUGCAGGUGAUCCAGAUGGCCCAGCCGGUGGGCUCAGCCGUCGCUGCCUCACCCGCCAAUCAAAAUGUCAUCAUUCUCCAGCCUCCCAGCGCUAAUCCGUGUCCACCUGUGUUGAGAGCCGAAGUCCCCAACCAAACCGUUAGUCAACAGAUUGUAAUUAUACAAACCGCUAACCAGAACCCUCUCUCCCUCUUUUCUGCCCCGCCACCUCCCCCACAGCCCGUUCGAGUGCCCACGAAUGGUGUCUCUCCCGCAGGAAGCGCUAACAACUCGAUACCAAAUGCUUCUGGCCCUCACAUGUUUGGUGGGAAGCAUCUUGUCCAUAUUUUACCCAGGCCCUCCUCUUCCCCAUCUUCUAGCUCGACGCAAACAUUUUCCGUUGCAGUGUCUAGCGGCCAGCAGCUUCCGCAGACAGUUUCUCUGAAUGGGCAGUUGUUUGCACUGAAGCCCGUCAAGUCUUGUUCUGGAGCUUCGGAUCAAGCCCCUAUGCAAAUUAUCCAGCCCACCACCAGUGAGGAUCCCAAUACCAACGUUGCCCUCAAUACAUUUGGUGCUCUAGCUAACCUCAAUCAAAGCAUAUCUCAGAUGGCCGGGCAGAGCUGCCUGCAGCUGUCCGUCAAUCAGCCUGCCAACCCGACUGUCGGCAGCUGCCAAGCUGCGCCAAGUAACUGCCUUCUGCUGGCAGCAACCACCUCUGCGUCUUCUUCGACAACUGAGAACAGUUUCUUAACCAGCGUGUCGCAUCCAGUGGACGACUCCCUGCAGAAAUCUUCUGGGGGGUUACUGUCUAGUUUGGGUCCAAAGCGGCCUAAUAAAAAACCAAGCUCUAAAAAAUGUUUAGCAGCCGGCAGCAGCCUAGCAUGUCGGACAAAUCCUUGCAGCAAGGAUUCCAAGAAGCUUGACAGAGGGGCUGUGGAAGCAACCGUCGAGCAUUCAGGGACUGACCUCUUGCUUGAAAAGAUGCCCUUCAGUGCAUCCCAAAGCUUAGCUCUGCCUCAAGCCAGCCACAGGGGGGCACCAAACGAUGCAAACGCUUCCGGUUCUCAUCCCAAAGAGGGAGCAGAACAUGGUGUGGAAUCUGCUGCAGCAUCGGAUCUGAAAGCCACUGCAGUGCCUAGAUCAUCACCUCCAGAAUCAACCUUGACGGAGCAGUUCACAUUGGUGGCUCCGGACUCCCAAGUCGCUGUGUCUCCAUCUCUUCAAACGAGUAGACCUCAGACUAACAACUCGGCAACAAAUCCAAAUUCUCAGUUAGCUGAGCUGCCCAAAUGUGUUUCCAACAGCCCUUCAACGUUUUCUGACUUGCCAGUGGCAGCAUCUCAGAACACUGGGGUGCCUGUAACAAACAAUGAGGCAUCCGUUGAGAGUGUUCCCAGAGCAGAGGCUUCGGAGGACUGCAAGGCAGGGCAAGAUUGCUCUAUUGCAAUUCAAGCCGCAGAUUUGUUAGAAGGUCAAGGUCUAACCAAGAUGCUGUCUGAACUCAGUAAAGAAGGAGAAGCUGUACAAAAAACCUUCCCGGUCCAAGUUGCACACUCUAAUUUCCCUGCCCAAAGCUCCAAACCAGUUGUAGACUCCAACGAUGAUUUGACGGGAAAGCAAGAGGAACUCUUGCUGAUGAACACCGAAGGGGAAACUCUUACACAGUCUCAUUCCUGCUCCUCUGAACCAGAGGGAGUAAGUGGCUCUCUGAUUGCCAACAGGCAAGCUGACUCCCCAAUGUCGACCAGCUCGGGUAGCAGCUGUGGCUUCUCUGUGGCAUCCAUGUUGCCGGACCCGUGUCGGGAGAACAUUCCCAGCAGCGCUUCCGUGAAUGCGUGUAACAACUGCUCGUUUUCUGAGCAAACAGAUAUAGUGGCUCUAGCGGCAAGAGCCAUUUUUGAUCAAGAGACCCUUGUGAAAGGUGCAGGGGCUGCGCCCCAGAAUGCUGCUCCCAAGGGCAAGGACGGACCAUCUCUAGGAAGGGAGCAACCUUUCAAGUCACACACAGUUAAAGACACCGCCCAGACAGAAACAGCUCCGAGUAGCUUUGGCGCCCAAAAUUCAGUGCAAAUGAACAUCGAUAGGUCAGCCGAGAAACAGAGCUGUUCAGUGAGAGUGGAUAUGCCCAAUGUGGAUUUGCUGGCCCCCCAGUCUUCGAGUGCCUCGAGCCUGAGUGUCAACAACCUCGUCCAUCAGAGCUGCAUCAUCCACCCGGCUGCGAGCUGCUCAGGUUUACCUUUGUCUUCAGAUCAAGCAACUGUCCCCGCACCAAGGACGCCCUCAGUGCCUGCAACUUCAUAUAUGAGCCAGUCCCCAGGACGGUCUCCGGCCCUCGCUACAGAUUAUGCUCCGGAACAACUGUCCGCCCUUCGAACAAAUGCCAUGCAGGCCCCUCCUCAGAUGCGCGAGCCACACUUGAAGCAGCCAAGCCAGGAGAGCCGCAAAGAUUCGUCCAAGCGGGCCGUCCAGGACGAUCACCUGCUCUCUGCUCCAAAGAGACACAAGCAGUGCCCGACGGUGCCUCUGCGGCUCGAAGGCAUGGCCUUGCUUAACCAAGCAGCCGGCGACAUUGCUGACCAGACGCAAAUCCUCGUUAGUCAGAUCCCCCCCAAUUCCUCCAAUUCGGCAGUGUCGGUUAGCAGUCAAGGACAUGUUGACGUUGGUCAUAGCAGGUUAUUCCCCCCUGGCAGUUUUGUGCCCCCAGCUCUGCGGCAAGCCGAAGCUCAGUGUAAUCCUCAGGUUUCUGUCUCGGAUCAGCCUGGUCAGGCAGGACAGCAGCACUUGCCGGCUCUGCAGCAUGCCCCUGUUCAAGGAAUGACUCAUCUUCAUAGCAACCACCUGUACAUAAAGCAGCAGCAGCAGCAGCAACAGGCAGGCCAGUUGAGAGACAGGCAUCACUUGUACCAGCUCCAGCAUCACAUCCCUCACACAGAGCCCUCUCUCCACUCUCAAGCCCACAGCGUCCACCAGCAAAGAGUGAUGCACCAAGAGGCGCAGAUGCAGAAGAAGAGGGGCCUGAUCCAAGCAGCCCAGCCCACCCCGCUGGGUUUGCAGCAGAAGCAUCAUCCAAGCGAGCAAGCGCGGCAGAAGAGCGGCCAGCCUCACCCCCACCACUCACAGCUCCAGCAGAUGCAGCAGCACUUCGUGCCGUCCCAGCCAGAGAAGAGCUGCGAAAAUCCCGCAGGGGGUAGGGCCCACCACAGCCAUCCUCAGAGCCACCUGAACCCGGACAUUCUGCACCAGCAGCAGCAGCCAGAUGGCAACAGGCAGCCAGGCUCAGGCAUGUCUUCUGAGCACGUGGCGGGGCACAGUCAGAUGCAGAGGCUGAUGACUUCCAGGGCUUUGGAGCAGCAGAUGGUCUCCCAGCCCAGUAUUGUCACCAGGCCAUCGGAUAUGACUUGCGCCCCGCACAGACAAGAAAGAAACCGAGUGAGCAGCUACUCUGCAGAGGCGCUGAUUGGAAAAUCCCCCUCCAAUUCCGAGCAGAGAAUCGGAAUAUCCAUCCAGAGCUCAAGGGUUCCCGACCAGCUUGAAAUGAGGAAUUACCUCGACGUGUCCAGGAAUAAAAGCUUGGCGAUUCAUAACAUGCAAGGCCGUAUGUCUCUAGACCACACGGUGGGGCCAGAUGUUCAAAGGCUGGCUGAGUGCCAGACAUUCAAGCCGAGUGGAACUAACCAGCAGCCCGGUGGCAACUUUGAUGUGCAGCCCUCAAGAAACAGUGACAUCAGUAAUGCAAUGCCAUCCCUCAGGGGUAUGCAGACGCAGGCUUUCCGAAUAGCUCAAAAUUCCGGAGCAUCCAUAGAUAGGCAAAAAAGGUUAUCCUAUCCACCAGUUCAAGGGAUUUCAACAGGCAAUCCUCUCCCUUCCUCCCGGGACAAUGACAAUACUUGCCACCAAAGCUUCAUGCAGAGUUUACUUGCCCCUCAUCUCGGAGAUCAAUCAGGUGGAAGCCAUCGAUCAAUUUCAGAACAUCCAAGAAAUCCACAGUGUGGUGCUUCUUCCAUCAUCGAGUAUAAUUGUCCUCCAGCAAGGGAGAACAUCCAUAUUCGAAGAGAUGGUGAAGGUCAGAAUAGGGAAAGCUGUGACUUGUCUCUUGGUACUAUUAAUAACAGGAGCAAUUCGUUAAAUAUUCCCUUUUCGAGCUCUUCGUCUUCCGGAGAUAUUCAGGGCCGCAACACAAGUCCCAGUGUUUCUAUUCAGAAGACAAAUCCCAUGAGAAUGACAGAGAGCCACGGAAGCAAAGGUCCCAUGAACACGCCCGUUUCAAGCAAUGUGCACGGAGUCGCCCGGCCAGCCCUUCCCCACCCACCUGUCUCUCGUGGGAAUGCGGAGCAAAUCCCAACGUCAGUUCGUCAGCCGAAUUCUUCCGUCACCCAGCGCUCGAGGCAUCCGCUGCAGGAUAACGGGGGCUCUAAAAUCCGUCAACCGGAAAGGAAUCGGUCUGGAAAUCAGAGACAUGGGAAUGCAUUUGACCCUAGCCUUCCCCACCUUCCUUUGUCUGCCAGUGGCAGUAUGAUCCUUGGACGACAGCAGCCGACCCUGGAGAAAAGAGGCGGCCUUGUGCGAUUCAUGCCUGACGGCCCUCAGGUGUCUAAUGAUAGUGCCGCUCCAGAUCAGCACAGUUUGUCUCAAAAUUUUGGAUUCCCUUUUAUUCCAGAGGCCGGGAUGAAUCCCCCAAUAAAUGCCAAUGCGUCAUUCAUUCCGCCAGUGACCCAACCCAGUGCUACUCGAACUCCAGCCCUGAUUCCGGUAGAUCCCCAGAAUACACUACCAUCCUUUUACCCACCGUAUUCUCCUGCGCAUCCCCCCCUUUCCAAUGAUAUUUCAAUUCCUUAUUUUCCCAAUCAGAUGUUUCCUAAUCCAGGCACAGAGAAGCCCAACGGCGGAGGUCUAAACAAUCGGUUCGGCUCUAUUUUGUCUCCUCCCAGACCGGUUGGCUUUGCUCAGCCGAGUUUCCCUCUUCUGACGGACAUGCCCCCGAUGCACAUGGCCAAUUCGUCGCACUUGUCCAACUUCAAUUUGACUUCUUUAUUCCCAGAGAUAGCUACAGCUCUCCCUCCAGACGGUUCGGCCAUCUCACCCCUGCUCUCGAUUGCCAACACAUCUGCCUCUGAUUCUUCCAAACAACCAUCAAACCGGCCUGCUCAUAAUAUAAGCCAUAUUCUGGGACAUGACGGCAGCUCAGCUGUAUGAAAAAUAGUGAACUGGAAGCCAGGUUGAUGGGUGGGUUUCUUGUAUAUUUUAUGUACUUG